CAAUUGAUCACGAAGAUUAAGACGAUGGAGGGAAAACCGAAGAUCCUUCACGGGACACUUGAAGCUACCAUCUUCGACGCCACGCCUUAUUCACCGCCAUUUCUACUUAAUUGCAUAAAUCCAACUGGAAAACCUGCAUAUGUUACCAUCAAGAUAGAUCAAAAAACGAUAGCAUCGACCAGCCACGAAAGUAACAGAGUUUGGAACCAAACCUUACGUGUUCUUUGUGCUCAUCCGAUAAAUGCAACAAUAACGAUCACCCUGAAGACAAAAUGCUCCAUUCUCGGGAAAAUCAACAUUCAGGCCCGUCGGUUGUUAGAAGAGGCAAGCUUGAUCAAUGGUUGGUUUCCAGUGUGCAUGGAAAACGGGAAGCCACAUCCAGAACUGAAAAUUAGAUUCAUGUUAUGGUUCAAACCGGCAGAACUUGAAUCAAGCUGGCAAAAGAUGAUUGAUAACGAUGAGUUCAAUGGGUUAAGAGAUGCUACAUUUCCGCAAAGGACCAACUGUGGUGUUAUAUUGUAUCAAGACUCUCAUCAUCAUCCUACGUUCCAACCACCGUUUGAUAUUUGUGGCUCACCGAGAAAACUUUGGGAGGACGUUUUUGUGGCCAUUGAGGGUGCCAAGCAUUUGAUUUAUAUUGCGGGAUGGUCCUUCAAUCCUAAUUUGAUUCUGGUCAGAGAUUCAGAAACAGAAAUUCCACAUGCAAAAGGAGUAAAGCUUGGUGAACUAUUGAAAAGGAAAGCAGAGGAAGGUGUACCAGUAAGAAUCAUGAUCUGGGAUGAUGAAACUUCAUUACCAAUCAUCAAGAACAAAGGAGUAAUGGGAACCCACGAUGAAGACGCCUUUGCCUACUUCAAAAACACAAAGGUGGUAUGCAAAUUAUGCCCAAGAUUAAACCACAACUUCCCAACACUCUUCACCCACCAUCAGAAAACCAUCACGGUGGACACCCGUGGACACUCAUCUUCAAGUAAAAGAGAAAUAAAGAGUUUUCUUGGAGGCAUAGAUCUAUGUGAUGGUCGAUAUGAUACAGAAGAGCACUCACUCUUUAGGACACUAAAUACCGAAUCACAAGCACAAGAUUUCUAUCAAACAAGUAUAUCUGGAUCAAGCCUACACAGAGGGGGACCAAGAGAGCCAUGGCACGAUGCACACGCGUGUAUAAUGGGAGAGGCUGCAUGGGAUAUCAUGCGCAAUUUUGAGCAGCGUUGGCUAAAACAAGCUGAUCCCACUUUGCUAAUCCCGGUUAACACAAUAGUAGAUCUUGCAAAUGAGCCAAUUACUAGUACUACAACCACUCAAACGGAAAGAAAUUGGAAAGUUCAAGUCUUCAGAUCAAUUGACCAUUUGUCGAUUAGCCACCUGCAGAGUAACUUCACCGUUGAGCAAAGCAUCCACGAAGCAUAUGUAGAAGCAAUUCGGCGGGCUGAGAGAUUUAUAUAUAUAGAGAACCAAUACUUCAUUGGAGGAUGCCAUUUAUGGGAAAAAGAUCAACAUUCUGGCUGCAGAAAUUUGAUCCCAAUUGAGAUUGCACUUAAGGUAGCAAAGAAGAUCAAAUCAAAAGAAAGAUUUGCAGUAUAUAUUUUGAUACCUAUGUGGCCGGAAGGAGUACCAGAGAGCGAACCAGUACAGGAUAUACUGCAUUGGACACGGGAAACAAUGAAAAUGAUGUAUGGUUUGAUAGGAGAAGCAAUUCGAGAGAGCGGUGAAAAGUUCCAUCCGAAAGAUUAUUUGAAUUUCUUCUGCCUUGCCAACAGGGAAAAGGAAAAGGAAGGAGAGUAUGUUCCUCCUUACUCACCUCAUUCUGCAACACAAUACUGGAAUGCUCAAAAACAUAGGAGAUUCAUGGUUUACGUACAUUCGAAACUCAUGAUCGUCGACGAUAGUUACAUGUUGAUAGGAUCUGCAAACAUAAACCAGCGAUCCAUGGAUGGGCAACGCGACACAGAAAUCGCAAUAGGAUGCUACCAGUCAAGAGAUGAAAGUAGACAAACACAUAGAAGAGACAUCCACGCUUAUCGUAUGUCAUUGUGGUAUGAACAUACUGGCCAAGCUGAAAAACUUUUUCAAGAUCCUGGGAGUUUGGAAUGUGUAGAAAUGAUGCGUCUACUCGGGGAGCAGAUGUGGCAGAUUUAUUCAGGAGACGAGGUCAUAGACAUGGAUGGCGUCCACUUAGCCAGUUAUCCCGUGAGUGUAACACGUGAAGGUAACGUUGAAGACCAUGUGAGUGGUGGUGGCCACUUUCCUGACACAAAAGUACAAGUAAAGGGGAAACGAUCUAAAAUUCUACCACCAAUAUUCACGACAUAGACAAAAAAAGAUACUUCAGUUGCUGACAUUUGCUUUCAAGUGGGAUAUACCGAGUUUGUUUAGUUUGGUUAUCAUGUUGUUUCUAAACAGGCCUGCAACAGGAAAGCACAUAUAUUAACAAUUCAGAAAACCAUCAUUGUAACAAGCACAAAAAACUGUACAGCAAUACCAUUUAAAGUUGUAAGCCACCAAUAAGACUGAAUACUGACACCUUCUCAAAGGCUUUCUGAUUCAUUUGUUCACCUUGAGCUCUAAUUUCAUUUAUCACAAUCUGAGA